UACUAUAAAGUGUCUGAUUAAUUUGACUUAUGUUUUGUUUCGACGGUCAUUUCAAUAAAAUUGUUUUAUCAAUAUUUCAUUUUCGCCAUUGGCGUGAGAUCUUCGAUAGAUUUUUCUAACAAAAGUAGAACAGUGUUUUAGGAAAGUAGUAACCAAAAAUAGGAAAUAGUAUGGCAUUUGUAACCAACGAUGUAUCCAUCAGCGAUGAACCCCGGGAACUGCUAUUCGACAAACACGUAGAAUACAUUGCCAAUCAUGGGAACAAUAAAAAUGACUACGAGUAUUGCAUGACCGAAUUUCUGCGUAUGUCCGGGAUCUAUUGGGGCGUAACUGGGCUUGAUCUGAUGCACAAGCUUGAACGACUUGAUAAGCAGGAGAUACUGGAAUUUAUACGAAAAUGUCAAUGUCCACUAAGCGGCGGAAUCGCCGCUUGUGAGGGUCAUGAUCCUCAUAUACUGUAUACUCUCAGCGCGAUACAGAUCCUAUGCAUUUAUGAUUGUUUGGAGGAAAUAGAUACGGAAGCGGUAGCGCGAUACGUCGGCUCAUUACAGCAGUUGGACGGUAGCUUCUUCGGGGACAAAUGGGGUGAAGUGGACACUAGAUUUUCCUUUUGUGCCGUCGCUAUCCUCAGCUUGAUUAACAAAAUGAACGUGAUCGAUUUGGAGAAAGCUGUCAACUUUGUCAUGUCCUGUUGUAACUCCGACGGGGGCUUCGGUUCGAAGCCCAGUGCCGAAAGUCACGCCGGUCUGAUCUACUGCUGUGUGGGAUUUUUGUCCAUCACCGACCAGCUGCACAGGCUGGAUUGUGAAAAGCUAGCCUGGUGGCUCUGUGAACGACAGCUUCCCAGCGGAGGACUCAACGGAAGACCUGAAAAGCUGCCGGAUGUGUGCUAUUCCUGGUGGGUGCUGGCAUCGUUAACCAUCAUGGGACGGCUUCACUGGAUCAGCUCGGAGAAGUUGGAAAAAUUUAUCCUCUCCUGUCAGGAUGCGGAAACGGGAGGCUUUUCGGAUCGCACGGGUAAUAUGCCGGACAUUUUCCAUACGCUGUUCGGUCUCGGAGCGCUGUCCCUGCUGGGUGACAGUCGGUUGCGCAAAGUAAAUCCUACCUUCUGCAUGCCGCAGUAUGUUAUCGAUCGGUGCAACGUUGAUCCGAAGGUUAUCGUUUCUUAAUACCGCGAGGAGAAACAUACGUAUUUCAUUUUACUGUUUUUGUUUUGUUUUGACACUAACACAUAUAUUUAACUUGUUUUUGCGUAGUUAUAUUCAACUACUGUGAAGCCAUGAGUAAAAACAGAAAA